CAUACCCUAAGGGAGAAUAGAAUUACCUCCCUGAAUCAUUAAUUAAAAUCUUUUUGAUAUCUGAAAAUGAAAUUACCUCCGAGGAUACAUUGACUCUUUCAUUAGAGUGUUGUUUCAUUUAGUUCUCCUAUAUACUAUCUAUUAUAAAAAAUUCUGUUUUUUCUCUUCCUUUCAGAUAUUGCGUGCGGAAUUGCUGUGUAGAAGCACCAAAGGAUUGGUGCUGCGAAGUAUGUGACAAGGGCAAGGGAUCCGUGAUAAAGGCCUCUGAAAAGAUUUGUCAGAGCAUUGCGCCACCCAGAAAACACAAUAAGUUUACUGGUUCUCAUGGUAUUAACUGGGAAAAAGAGGUACGGACUGGGAAAACGAAGUAUCUCCCUGUUGAAGAAGCACUUAAUCUACCAUCGAGCCUUAAUAAAAAGGGAAAUCCACUGAACAUCAUUGGCUCCUCAAGAGUUGUGACAACAAAAUCUAUGGCAACCGGGACUCGAAGGAGUUUUAGCACGUCUGGAGCUCAAACUUCAAAUUAUUUUCCUGAGAAGAGCCCACUGCAAUGGUUUUUAGGAUCAAAAAGAUACACAAAUACUCGGAAUGUCAAAAACACUAAAAUCACUGAACAAAUCAAAAACACAGUACAAGCUUCAAAAGGUUCUGGUGAGCUUAAGAGUUCCAGUGCUGCCAGUGAGAAUCCAUUGAUGAAUCCAAUUAUGACACACCCUUGUGAUCCUGCUUUGGCUCAUUUCUGGAUGGGAAGCUUUGACAUCAUAGGUGCUCCUGAAUUCGCUCCUCGAAUGCUCAAUAAUUGUAUCCAGGCUUAUCCUCCUUCCAAAGUUAGGCGUAAGGUUUAUGAGUUCUCAAGGCUAUUGCCUGGUACUCUUAGAUUUGAACUAGUUCCGCGUGGGGCUAUCUGGACGAGUCUAUUCAACAAUCACUUUCCGGGUAAAGAAGAUAUAGGACUGUAUUUUCUCACAAGUGCGAGAGAAAGGUCUGAUAUAUAUACUGCUCUGGUGGAGUUCUUGCGUAACAAAGAUUCAGUGAUGAGAAUGCCUAUAAACGAUGUUGAGCUGCUUGUACUCGCAUCCACAACCCUGCGCAUUAAUUCUCAACGAUUGAACAAUGAACUCUUCUUGUGGGGGUUGUUUCACCGCAUGAGUCAGGACGCAUAGGCUGUUUGGCAAACUUCGAAUAUCUGCUUAUAUUCAGAAGUACUUUUUUCUAGAAGUUCUUUUCAGAAAAGUACCUGUAUAAAAUAACAAAUUCUGUUUUGCUUAUCAAUUCUAGAUAUACUUCUACCAAUAUUACAACAAUGAUUUGUUUUUGGUCGAGGUUCCAAAAGUGUUGUUCUAGGGAAAAACUAUUUUUCCAGUUAUGUAAAACAACUUCUGCUAUCGCUUAAAUGCACUUAUUUUUUU